ACCUAUACCAGUUAUAAAUAUCUCUAGUACUCACUACACACUGUAAACACUGGACGAUGUCCAGUACAGACAGGUAAUAUAACAACCCUGUGAAAGUAUUAAAAAAUUCCCUUACAAAAUGGAUCCUAAGUAUCUUAUAUGUGUGUUAGUGAUUUUGAAGUGCGGUGAAUCAGCAAGAAUCCUCGCCAUUUUUCAGGUCCCCUCCUUCAGUCAUCAGUGCGUGUUUCAGCCCAUUUGGAAAGAGCUGGCUCUACGAGGUCACGAACUGGUCGUCGUCACCUCUCACCCACUCAAGGAUCCCACCAUAAAAAACCUAACUGAAAUCGACAUAAGCUACACCAAAGACAUUUUCCUCAGGCACGGCUUUCAAUAUGCCAUGUCAAAGAGCAAACCCACCACGGAUAAAAUCCAGUUCAUUUUCAAACUGAACUACGAACUGUCGGAAGCCGUAUUCGAAGAUGCUGAAUUUAGGAAAAUAUACGAGAAUCCCGACGAAAAAUUCGACUUGGUUAUGGUGCAGAUGUUUAUAAAUCCCAUUUUCCUCAGCCUUGGGGCAAGGUUUAAGGCCCCGGUGGUGGGUGUCAGCUCAAUGGGGGCGUACAUCGGUACGCACUUUGCUAUAGGCAACCCUCACCAUCCGGCUCUGUACUCGGACAUGUUCCUGCCGUACCACGGGAAGCUGUCGUUCAUGGAGAGGUGGUACAGUACCUUCUAUUACUUGUGGGUUAGGGCGUACUUGCACUUUAGUGCCAUUCCGAGGUGUGACCAAAUAGCUAGAAAAUAUUUAGGAAGUGAUAUUCCAUCCUUGGAUGAUUUGCACAAGAACUUGAGCCUCUUGUUUUUGAAUACAAACCCCAUUUUGUACGAACCGAGGGCCAACAUACCAACAAUAAUUGAGAUAAGUCAGCUACAUAUCAAACCUACAAAGACCUUACCUCAGGACUUACAAGACGAGUUGGACAAAGCAAAGAAAGGAGUAAUUUACUUUAGUCUUGGCUCAAACAUCCAAAGUGUGAACAUUCCUGUAAGAUUCAGGAAUGUUCUCAUCGAAACUUUCGCGGAGCUGCCAUAUACAAUUUUAUGGAAGUGGGAGUCGGACCACUUGCCAAACAAACCAAAAAAUGUCAUCACCAGGAAGUGGCUCUCCCAGCAGGACGUUUUAGCACAUCCAAACAUCAAAGCCUUCAUCACCCAAUGUGGCUUACAAUCACUGGAAGAGUCAUUCCGUGCUGGCGUACCAAUUGUUGGAGUACCAUUCAUAGGAGACCAAGAGAUGAACAUUAAAAGGUUAAGUGCAUAUGGUGUUGGGGUAGGAGUUGAUUACUUGACAGUAACUAAAGAAGAACUUAAGGCAGCCAUAUUGGAAGUCGCUGAAAAUGAUAAAUACAGAAAGAAAAGUAGAAUGUUAAAUGAACUUUUGAACGACCAUCCCCAAACCAGUUUGGAAAGAGUUGUUUGGUGGACUGAGUACGUCAUUAGACACAAUGGUACGACUCAUUUAAGAAGUCCCACUGUUGAUAUUAGUUGGUUUCACUUCUUGUUACUGGAUGUUGUUGGAGUAACUUUAACAAUUGUUGUUGUUAUUGUUUAUGUAAUUGUGUGCAUAAUACGUUUAUUGUUUUGUAUGAAGACCAAAAAAUUUAAGCAUAAUUAAUACAAAUAAAUAAUAUACUGAAUUG